AGCAUUGUAGAAAUCAAUAAAUAAAGUCUUGAAAUGUUAUUAAAGUCUGAAACAGUGUAAUUAUCUUGCUCCUGCAACAGGGUUUUUUAAGAUUGGCUCAAACUAAUGUACAUGUAGGGAUUAUAUAGAACAGGGAUGUCAAGCAUUAAACUGAUUAAUUAUACUUUUCCUACACACAGGAUCUGAAUUCAGCACUUGAGUGCACAGUCAAUAGGGACACAGAAAAUGCUAUGUUGAAAGUACUGCAAUGUCAAGAACAAAGACCUUGAAUGGUCACGUAGAAAGAUCCGGGUUCAAAAGCCUACAUGGUACGGAUGUCCCACAUACACGUAUGACGGAAAUCAACAGAGACCAACACGGGAAGAAAUAAACCAGGUGCACAUCUUGAUAAGAAAGCUGUCCAAAAUAACCGACAGAAAAGAAAAAUUAAAAUGACCCUGAGACUGUUCUAUUUUGACAAGGGGAUGUAAUAUCUGCAUGUUAAAAAAACUGCAGUACUUUUUGUUCUGUUGUUUUUUUAAUUUGGAGAAAUUUAAACGAGCACAAUACAGUAUUUGGGUACAGUUUACAAUAAGGCAGGCAAAAAGAAACAUACACAUGCUAAAAUUUUAAAAUCUGUUGUUGUAAUGAUACCAAACAUUCACCACAACUACCCUUCAAACCUGCACCCCCCACCCCCCUUGGCUUUUGAAUCUGGAACUUCAGUUCCGGUUCCAAAGUAGAGAACACAGCACACUGAGAAGGAUACAACACACAAGCCCUCGUCUGUUGGUGCAAUGAGAUGAGCUGUCUUGUGCUCUGAACACCAAGAGAUUGAUGCUGUUAACAAGGAGAAGACUGGCAACUGAAUCAAGGACGAUGGCUUGGGUGAAGCUUCUGCUUCUUGUUGUUCUUUUGUCUUUGCUCUUUCCUGGCCAUGUUGCGACCGAAGAGCCAGCGCCAUCCAUAACAGACGGCCCGCUAGCAGGAACAUCCUUCCAUCCAGAGGGGUGUAAUUCUUGCUGCCAUGUGAUUGUGGGUCCUCCAGGAAAGCCAGGAAUUCCAGGCAUUCCGGGAGUUCCUGGUCAAGGAAUUGCAGGUCCCAAAGGAGAAAAUGGAGAGGCAGGACUGGCAGGACCACCAGGGGAUAAAGGAGCUCGGGGUGUACCGGGGAAGCUUGGUCCCAAAGGAUCUCAAGGUGCUGGUCUGCCUGGUAAGAUGGGAGCACCUGGACUGGAUGGAUUGCCAGGGCUUCGGGGGGCAAUAGGAGAAAUGGGACCUAAAGGGAAUCAAGGAGCACAGGGCAGCCGAGGUCCUCAAGGAGUUGCAGGGCCAAAAGGAGGACGUGGGACUUCAGGGCCAAAAGGGGACCAAGGAGUAACUGGUAGCACAGGUCCUCCAGGAGUUGCUGGACCAAAAGGGGACCGUGGAGUAACAGGACCAGGAGGACCUAAAGGAAAUCCAGGUGCAACUGGGAGCAGAGGUCCUCAAGGACUUGUUGGGUCAAAAGGGGAACGUGGGCCAACAGGACCAGGGGGACCUAAAGGGGGUCGUGGAGCAACUGGUAGCAGAGGUUCUCAAGGCGCAGCUGGGCCAAAAGGGGACCGUGGAGUAACAGGACCAGGAGGACCUAAGGGGAAUCGAGGGUCAACAGGGAGCAGAGGUCCUCAAGGAGUUGCUGGGCCGAAAGGGGAACGUGGGCCAACAGGACCAGGAGGGCCUAAAGGGAAUCGAGGAGCUAAUGGAAGUGGAGGUCCCCAAGGAGCUACCGGCCAAAAAGGAGACCGCGGACUGACAGGACCAGAAGGACCUCAAGGGAAUCGGGGAGCAACUGGUAGCAGGGGUCUUCAAGGAGUUGCUGGGCCAAAAGGGGACCGUGGCCCAAGGGGACAAGGAGGACUUAAAGGGAAUCGAGGGGCAACAGGGAGCAGAGGUCCUCAAGGAGUUGCUGGGCCAAAAGGGGAACAUGGACCAACAGGACCAGGGGGACCUAAAGGGGGUCGUGGAACAACUGGUAGCAGAGGUUCUCAAGGCGCAGCUGGGCCAAAAGGGGACCGUGGAGUAACAGGACCAGGAGGACCUAAGGGGAAUCGAGGGGCAACAGGGAGCAGAGGUCCUCAAGGAGUCGCUGGGGAGAGAGGAGGAACUGGCAGCAGAGGACCUCCAGGGAUUAAAGGGCAAAAAGGUCAGAAAGGUCAAAAGGGGAGUCACUCAGGGGUUACUCGUCCCAACCCGAUUCCUCUUCCGCAACCUGAACAUCCGCCAUUUCCGCCAGAGGACUGUCCCGCACCUUUGCCAUGGUGUUAAAUGUCCAGACAUAACAUGAUCCUUAUUCCUUAGUAGGGUACUCAUAAAUUUAUGCAUUCUUAUUACAUUUGUUAUGCUUAUAUAUACAGUAUUUCUAAAACCACCUCAGCUCCCCUGAGAAAAGACAGUUUCACCUCGCCAUUCUUUGGGGGAAGCUGAUUCAAAUAUACCAAACCCUAUUUUCUAUAUUUUCAAACUUAUUCAGUUGUGACAGAAACAGACACAAUAAUAGAUGAAGACAUUUUGGCUGUGAACAAAACUCUGUGUUAGUUCAUUAGUUCUACAAUUUCUAGAAGGAAGUUGAGCUGUGUUCUCUAGUACAAAGACACAAAUAUAACAAAAAUGAACUCA